AUGCAGUACGUUCGGAGCUUGGGGAGCGGCGUCUCCAAGACCUGGAAUUCCAUCAAUCCUGCCACGCUGUCUGGUGCCAUCGAUGUCAUUGUUGUCGAGCAAGGGGAUGGUUCGCUGGCGUGUUCGCCCUUCCACGUCCGCUUCGGCAAAUUUUCUCUUCUGCGGCCAUCGGACAAAAAGGUCGAAUUUAAAGUCAAUGGCAUCAAGCAGAAUUAUGCCAUGAAACUCGGUGAUGGUGGUGAAGCGUUUUUUGUCUUUGAGACCUCAAAUGACAUCCCUGAAGCCCUGCAAACAUCGCCUUUGGUCUCUCCGGCCAGCAGUCCCUCUACUACUGCGGAGGAUCGACCGCCCUCACCCAGCCUGCUGGAACCUACGUACCUCGACAUCACGGAAUCUGGAAAACGCAGUCAAACUCCUGAGCCUAUGGGCGGCCGACCAAUUCCUCUAAUCAGACGUGAAGGAACAGAUUUGGCCGAUCAGACCAUUAUACAGUCGUUGCCGUCUUCCAAAGUAGACCUCGGAAGCGGUUCGUUAGAUGGCCGCGGAUCAAAUGCUCCUUUGGCGCUGACACGUUCUGCUUCUGAGGAAAUCCUUCCUGCUUCCGCACGAGAAGAGCUCGAUUCGGUCAGCGACGCGUUCCUUCAUAACGGCAUACCAGUGUCACCAGGGUACAACCCAGAAGGCUCUAGCACGCCCAGAGUCUCGGCUAGCCCUGCCGCAUUACAGCCCAAGGAAGCGUAUGACCGGGCUUUGACAUUGUCCAAGAAGCUCUCGAUAUCCAAUAUUCGCUCACAGGUGACCGAGUCCGGAGACUUGAUGCUCGACAUGACCGGCUACAAAACUAGCGAAGAUGAAGCCCUUCGAGCUGAAGCUGUUGCACGCAAGCUCUUAUCAGAAGAACUAGAGGGCAACUAUGACAUUGGCUCUCUCAUUGGCACAGACGAGCACGGCAACCUGUGGAUUUACAGCAGUGAAGAAGCUCGUGACGAAGCCAUUCGAAGGGCAAGUGGGAACGUGCUAGAGGGAGCUUCUCCAGUAUCUCCCGAUAAUGCUUCCGAUCCGGGCUACCACAGCGACAGCGAGCGAAGUCUAUCCCCCGAACUACUGGCCAAAGGUCAACAGUUGGGUCACCACCAAAGGGCCCAGUCCGAAGACAUAACCGAAACGCCGCGUAUGUCUGGCGAGCAAAGUCGAAACUUUGCAAAAACACUCCGUCUCACCAGUGACCAAUUAAAAGCACUCAAUCUCAAGCCUGGCAGGAAUCAAAUCUCGUUCACCGUCAAUCGCGCCACGUGCACGGCAUACAUGUACUACUGGAGCUCAGACGUGCCCAUUGUCAUCUCUGAUAUUGACGGAACAAUCACCAAGUCUGAUGCCUUGGGCCAACUGCUCAACAUGGUCGGUAGAGAUUGGACACACGCCGGAGUGGCCAAGUUAUAUUCCGACAUUGUUUCCAACGGCUAUAACAUCUUGUACCUGACGAGCCGCUCGGUGGGACAAGCUGAUACGACUCGUGCGUACUUGAACGGCAUCGUCCAGGACGGCUGGAGAUUACCCGAGGGACCGGUUAUCUUGAGUCCCGACCGGACGAUAGCAGCGUUACGGAGGGAGGUAUACCUUCGAAAACCCGAAGUCUUCAAGAUGGCUUGUCUUCGGGAUAUUCUGAGUCUUUUCCCUGGACGGACCAAUCCGUUCUAUGCCGGGUUUGGCAACCGAUUCACCGACGCAUUGAGUUAUCGAAGCGUGCACAUCCCGUCGACUCGAAUCUUCACCAUCAAUACCAAUGCAGAAGUCUCGUUGGAUCUCUUGACGUUGAACAAGUAUCGAAGCAGUUACGUUUCGAUGCGCGAGGUGGUUGAUCAUUUCUUUCCUCCCGUAUCGACGCUGGUCAAGGAGGGCGGGGAAGAAUACACUGACUUCACAUACUGGCGAGACUUGCCACAGGAUCUCGAUGAGUUCACUCCUACCGAUUCCGAAGACGAGGACGAAGUGGAUGAUGAAACAGACGACGAGGACGAAGAAGCUGAGGUUGAAUCCGACAACGGGUUAGGCGAUAGUUUCCUUUCGAGAGCAGACAGCCUGGACGAUUCUUUGAUGAGUGACUCGGUUCGUCAGUCCAUCGAAGUAGACGAUGCAGCCGACAAUCUUGAAGACUCCUAUAUUGACGACGGCGCCGACGACGAAAGGGAACCUGAUUUCGCAAACGACUAUAUUGGCGAAGAAACCUUGGCAAGACCAGUGACUUCACAAACGCCGACUCCAAGAUCUCCAAGAAGAUAG